AUGCAAUCGCAAGAGAUCUCACACGCCAUGUCGAACAAUCCCAUUGGCUCCGCCCCCUCAGCUAUACAAUCUCCAGUGCCACUUCCCCCGUCUACACCUGACGACAAGCAUGCAAUCGCCGUACACCAGCAGGCCAGUGCCCAUGUGACUUUGCCAACGAGUGGCUCAGGGUCGGGUUCCUCGUCGAGCAAGCUACCCCCCGUCUCUGUGGAAGGCACUACACUAUCGAUCGAGUCUCACGUUCUGACUCCCGACACCUCCAUCACACCUACACCCGUCGAGUCCCUGAGUCCCCUCUUCGGUAAUCAGGACGCCAAGCAUGAGCAUCUUUCUGCAGCGACAUGUCUACAGGGUCCAGUGCAAGUAGAAGCCGCAGUGAAACCCCGCAGCGCCGACACACCUGACUCGUCGCAGUAUGGCGAGGUUGAAGAGCCUGGCGCUCCUACCCGCGCGAGUAUCCGCAAAUGGGCCAAAGCCACACCCGCUGGCCCGCCCCGGAAUACCCCAUCCCCUUCCGGUUCCGCUGAGCUUGGACAUUCCAGUUCUGACCAUCAUAUCGAUCGUCAAAGUUUAACUCACUCCGUGAGUGGCAAGAAUAUCGGCUUAGGCACGGCGUCGGGUUCAGGCUCAAGCUCUGGAGACGAUGAGGACAGCGGCGGUAGCAGACACAGUUCUAGCAACUCCCUCGGCCAUGAGAGCUCUGGCAACAUCGCGGAUAUCGAGAGCGGGGGCUCGGCAUCCCCUCUCCACCUGCCUGAUCCUUCGUCAGCUCUAGAUCCCGACUUAUCCCCGUCGUCCUCGCCGCCUGUCCGUCGAGCGGUCCAUCGUCCCUCCCCCCAGUCUCACGGACAGUCGAGCACGUCGGACUGUCCACCGCCCGUCUUAGUCAACCCAGACGCAGUAGCGCAGGAGCAGCGAGAACGUCUCGAAAGGCGGCACCAUCGGCACCUUCCUCAUCACCCCCACUCCAGCCGCCGGCGCCACCGCGACCGAGAGCGCGAGCGACGCGCGCGGACGUCCAAUCCGACGUCGCCCGCGAACGCACACGCCCAAGAACAGAAUCCGCCCACUGCCCCCGACGCCAGGCCACCGGCUGCCCCCAUGCGCCCGCUCCGGCCGCUGCAGCUCAUCACGGGCGGGAUGGAUGUCCUGGAGGACAUCGGGCGGAUGUUGCAGGGCUCGCGACAGCCGCUGCUGCGGACGCGCGUCGACCUUGGGGCGACGUCGCCUCCGAGAAGGGCGAACGACGUGCUAUCCGACAUCCAUGACAUGAUCCGCAUGACGCGGCAGUGA